CCGUUUGCAGAAUGUUGUCGUGCAGGCGGACGUGCCUGCAGACGAGCAACAGAUCCGAGCGCAUGCGCAAUUCAUUGUUUUGACUGAAAAUGCCGUCGGUUUCGAAAACGGCGGCCAAUGCGUCUCCUCAAACCGAGAAACCUACCCACUAUACAUACUUGAAGGAGUUCAGGACGGAACAGUGUCCCUUGUUCCUCCAGCACAAGUGUACGCAGCACAGACCCUUUACUUGCUUUCACUGGCAUUUUCUGAACCAGCGACGAAGGCGACCCAUCAGAAGAAGAGACGGGACCUUUAACUACAGCCCCGACGUGUACUGCACGAAAUACGACGAGACCACAGGGAUCUGCCCCGAUGGAGAUGAUUGCCCGUAUUUACACCGCACCACUGGUGACACAGAGCGCAAGUACCAUCUACGAUAUUACAAGACUGGCACUUGUAUCCAUGAGACUGACGCUCGAGGGCAUUGUGUGAAGAAUGGCCUCCACUGUGCUUUUGCUCACGGGCCACAUGAUCUCCGACCUCCAGUCUAUGAUAUCAGAGAAAUACAAGCACAAGAGGCCCUCCAGAAUGGCCAGUUGGGAUCUGGGGAAGGUAUCCCAGACUUGCAACCUGGUGUACUCGCCAGCCAAGCUAUGAUUGAGAAAACUCUGACUGAAGAUCCCUGGUGGAAAGACACCAACUUCGUGUUAGCCAAUUAUAAAACAGAUCAGUGUACUAAACCGCCAAGAUUAUGCAGACAGGGCUACGCGUGUCCCCACUACCACAACAGCAGGGAUCGAAGGCGAAAUCCACGGAAGUUCAAGUACAGGUCAACUCCUUGCCCUAAUGUGAAACAUGGUGACGAAUGGGGUGAGCCAUCAAAGUGUGACAGUGGAGACAGUUGCCAGUAUUGUCACUCUCGUACUGAACAGCAGUUUCACCCAGAGAUCUACAAAUCCACUAAAUGCAAUGAUAAACGACAAACAGGUUAUUGUCCCAGAGGACCAUUUUGUGCAUUUGCACAUGUGGAAAGAAUUCCUUCUACAGAGGAGACCAUGAACUCAUUGCUUUCAGCAAUACAUUCAAGUUCGCAGUCCCAGCUGGGCUCCCAGCAGUUUUCUGAGUGUCCAAUCUCUGAGUGGAACAGUGGAGCCAACCUUAGCACCAACGCAACCAGUAGCAACGGACAAGUAGGACAUGUUUCAUGUUCUAGUAACUCCACUGUAACACCAAGCUCAGGAAGCGACAGUUUGUUAUCCCCAGUGGGGUCCAUCAGCAGGCCAAUACCCCUAACUAAUACUAGUUUAUGUUCAGAGUCCGCCACAUCCCGUGUCUCACCUCUGACGUCUAACUAUCCCAAAGCUCCCGGCUUUGAACGUGAGGAUCAGAUUAAGAGCAAAGGGCAAAUGGAUCACAAAUCGAUGGACCAAGAAAAGCAGACACAAAACACGAUGUUCUCUGUUGGGAACCCUUUGGCAUCAAGCUUUACCUCCAGCAUAACAUCCAGCUUGGCCUCUAGUGUUGGUUCAGAUAGCUCUUCACCCACCACCUUAUCAACAAUGAAUGCAAAAGCUACUCCGUUCUAUCCAGGGAGCAACACAGUGGAGUCCGUCAUUGGGUCAGCGUUGGAUCUCAAGUUUAGUGACAUUAACGUUGCCUCUCUUGAAAAAGAAUUAGAGGAGCAAGAGGGCAAUAUAGGACUGGCAAGUCACAGGGUGCUUGGUGGAUCUGCUCCUGUCAACAUUCCAGGAUCUCUGGCGCGUUCGUCCUCGUUUAAUUCCUCAUCAUCACUUUCCACCUCCCCGCUAAGCUCCCUUUCCCAGUCCUUGUCACAGUCUCUGCUUUCUGGGACAGUUUCCCAGCAAAAUCAGCCUUCAAACAUGCUGGCCAAACAAGAACAUAGCUUACUGGGAACGCCCACCUCUUCCUCCCAGAACUCUCUGGGCUUAAAUGGAGGAGCAAACAGCAUUUGGGACUUUGUAAGUGGCAGCUUUUCACCAAGCCCAUCCCCAGUUUUUAGCACCCUAACCUCCACAACCAGCAGUGCAGAUGUGGCACGUCUUUUUAGAGAGCUGGAUGAAGCCAAGAGGAAGAUCAAGCAAUGGGAGGAGGCCUGGCACCAGGUUAAACAAGCCUGUGAAGCUUGUCAGAAGGAUGCUCUCGAAGCAAAGGAACAAGCGAAGACCGCUGAGGCGGAGCGGCAGCUGGCAGAGCAGAAUUGGGAAGAAACGGAGCGCAAGUUGAAGGAGCUCCAGCGGGACUUUGAUAUGCUUUGCCGCACCCCCGGAACACCUCUUCUCCGUAGCUAUGGAGAGCUGGAGCAGCUCCCCUUGUCAAAGCUUCACUCAAUCCAGAGUCAGCUACGUAAUGACCUAGAUCUUAUAGAUGGGGUAAUAUAUCAGCUUCAGUCAAAGAAAUGUAUAGUUUGCCAAAAGCAUGAUCGUUGCGUUGUUCUGCAACCUUGCCAACAUUAUGUACUAUGUGAGACCUGUGCGCCUAGUAAAACAGAAUGUCCUUAUUGUAGAACAAAAAUAUUAAAGUGGUGAUGUACUGUAAUUGAAGGUACUAUUUAAAGAAUUAGCCCUUUGGAAAACUACUAAUAUAGAUAAUACAUUUUCUAAACAACAAAUUUUCUUGUAGUUGUUGAAAUAUAUUCAAAUAAAAAUGGUGUUUGACUGACAGAACCAAUAGUAUUAUAACUAAGGUUACAUAUAUGGCAUUCAUUUGUUUUUGCUCACGUUAUGUAAAUGUUAUUUUAGUUCCCAGAUUGCAUUUAGAUUAAAACGACUAUGCUUUUAAGCAGGACGUCUUUUCUCCAGACACAUGCAUUAUGCCGGCGUUUCGGCUAAUUACAAAUUAUGAGGUUUCUUAAAGCAAAUAAAAGCACAAUUGUGAAUCGCAAACCUGACAGAUUUUACAGUGAAUGCACAAUGGAGGUCAAACUAGUUUAACCAGCAAACACACAUCAGUGUGGGUUUGUGUUGGUGGGAAUAGAUUUUUAGUAUUUUUGGCAGCAUUCUCACAGGUGGAAGAAUAUUUUAGCUCCCUGAUUAUAUAUUUGAAGGGACUGUAACUGAAGCUUUUCAGUGAAUAUUUUAGAAACAUGUAUAAAGCUAAUUUAAGUGUUUAAUUGGUUUGGUGCAUUCUUGUAAUCAGAAUUAUUUUAUAAAAGAAAAAAAAAUAAAACCAACUGGUAAAUAGUGAUCUCUACACAGAAACUAGCAUAAAAUGGGCAAAACUCUUAAUGUUUCUUUACCUACAGAGGAACACGUGUAAAUUUAAUAAAUGUCUGGGAUUGAGUUGAGCAAAAAGAUAUUCCUGCAUCUAAACGUGACUGACACCCUUAUAUUUCACUUAAUUAGUCCCGUAUUUACCGUUUAACAGAACAAAGCACUGAUGUUGAAAUGACCGUGGCAUAAGUACACAGCUUACCCACAGUAAGUAUUUCAUUUGAAUGAUAAAAUUAUUUUUAUUCUGCACUAGUAAAAGAAAACAAAUCAAACAAAUUCUGUAGUGUUUUAGUACUACAUUUAAAUAAGCCGUGACAAAGAUUAAAAGUGUUCCUCUUCAAAUAACCCUGUUUUAAAAAACCAUAAAUAUGUUUUUAACCAUACCUUUUAUAUGCAACCAGUCAAACAUCAUUAUUUUGACCAAGUUUCAAAAGAAGUUUGAUUUCUUAUUAAGAGCACUUUGUUAACCUGGGACUUUAUUAAUGGGUAUGUAGUUGUUUGCUUUAAGCUGUUUUGUAGGUAUUCUAUUGUCUUGUUUUAGAUUUAUUCUUUGUUUUUCUACAUAAGCUAAUGUCUGAAGCUUCUGUGUGUACUGUGAAACAUUUGAAUAUUCCUUGUUUCAUAUUGUUAAAUCACAGCAUGGUUCUGCAUAUUAAGACUUCAUAGAAAAGUACUUAAUAGUUUCUACUGUAGUCAGAUUUAUAAAAUUUUAAUCAAUUAAAUGCAAAUGGGAACUGCAUUGUAGGCAUAACCAGCAGCUGUAAUAUCAGAGAGGCACAUGCUACAUGUUAAAGGCUGUUUUUCAAUCAGUAAGUUUUA